AUGUCUACAAUUGAAGAUUCACCUGUGAAAGUUGAAGAGAAACAAUCGUUAAUAAGAAAGUUCAUAAGCAACAUAAGUGUUGAACCUCUCAUCAUCUGUUGGCUUUUGCCCUAUCUUUUGUCUUACUCAGCUGUCGAGAAUUUAACUUACGAAAAAGCAUGUCGAGGAUUUGUUGAGCCGCCCGUCACAUUUCAAAAAGACAUUUGUAAACUUUUCGUAAGAAAAGAUUUAUUUGACAUUAAAUGUGAUGGUUCAAAUGUGACAUCGUUUGAAGAUUUAAAAGUGAAAGAAAUUGAAAAGAAAUAUCCAGAAAUUUACAACAAUGUCAAAAGUGACAUAAAGUCUGCGAUGAACUUUCUGUGCGAGAUUGAAGAGAAAGUUCAGGAGAAAAUUUCAUUGAUUAAUUCUAUUCGGAAUCCAAUCUCUGCAAUCGGACCUUUAAUCAUUGUUUUAUUUGCCGGACCAUGGAGUGACAAGAAGAAUUUGCGUGUUCCUUGUAUGAUUGUUCCACUGUUAGGAGAAGCGAUUGGUUACCUUUCUUUAUUCAUUUCAGCAUAUUUCAUUAAUGGACCAGUUGAAUUUCCACUUUACGCUUAUCUGUUGAUACCAUCACUCACAGGAGCUGAGACUCUAAUGGUAAUGGCUAUCUUCAGCUAUUUAAGUGCCAUUUCAACAGAAGAGAAUCGAACUUUUCGAUUUGGAAUGUUUAAUAUCAUCAUGACAAUCAUACCAAUUAUCGCUCAAAGUCUAAGUCCAAGUGCGAAUAAUAAUUUCGAGUACACUGGUCUAUUUGGGAUGAUGAUACCUGUGCAUGUAAUUGGACUUUUGUAUGGAAUAUUCUUUCUAAAAGAAGUUAAACAAGAUAAAAAAGAACCAACUCAGUCAUAUGACAAUCCUGCAUUCGUUGUUGAAGCCAAUCAAACAAAUAACGAAAAUACCUUGGAAAUAAUUGAGCCACAGAAUGAUGAAAAAGCAAAAAAUGCUUGUGCUGAGUUUUUUGAUCCACGAUUGGCUGUUCAAUGUAUUCAAACUUUGAUCAAAAAGCGAGAUUAUGGUGCAAGAUCAAUUCUCAUAUUACUUAUGGUGAUGCACUUUCUUGUUAGUGGAAUAACAAAUGGAGAAAUUCAAAAUAUUUUCCUUUAUCAACGUUUGAUAUUAGGAUGGGAUAUUGACACAAAUACAUAUCACAAUGUAUUCACAAUUGUCUUAGGAUUAAUUGGAACUCUCUUGAUGGUUGGUGUGUUGAGUAAAAUCUUAAAAAUUUCUGACAUUAUUUUAGCAUUGAUUUCAACCGCUUUGACUGUUUUAUCAAGAGUCAUUUACAGUAUUGUGACAUCGACAAUAGGAUUUUUUACUGGAUCAGCUGUUGACUUCACAGCAUCUGUUAAACUUUUAGCAGUUCGUUCGAUAAUUUCAAAACUUGUGCCAGCCGAAGAUUUAAGUUCCAUGUUUGCAAUUAUGGGAAUCUUUAACGCCUUGGCAGGAAUGGUUUUCCCGACUAUUUAUCCACUUGCGUAUAAAGCACUUCUGGAAAAUGCAAACCGAAGUGUUUCAGAAAUAUUUCAUUUAAGUGCUGCAUUAUUUCUGAUUGCAUUUAUAGUUUAUUCCCUUGUUUUUAAAUUGCUUAAAACAAAAGAAGAAGAACAAGCUGAAGAACAAGUUGAGGACAAACCUGAUAAACCAUGAAGUUAUUAAUAAAGCAAAAAAAAAUUACAUUCA